GCCUACGGUCGAGCCGUCCUCGGUGAAAUGUCGAGCCAUCGGGAACUAUUUCUUCUCUUGAUGCUCAAUCUGGUGGUGAUAUUUCAUCCGACCAGCUCGAGAGUCCCGAAUUCGGAGCUCGCCAAGGUUCUUCAUCGACCAAUCCGGUCGCUCACAUUCCCGGAAGAGAGUACCUCAGGUCUGUUCGUAGCGCUGGCGAUACCGUUGGAGGAUCCCUACAAAUCGAUCUCCAUAGCUGAUUUCUUCGAGGCAACUUACACGCUGCCGACGAACGCCAGCGAAUAUUUCUGGUUGAUUAACGAGCAACGAAGAAGGAGAAGGAGCUUGGACAGAGCCACACUUUAUCAAGUUGUGGAGAACAAGUUCGUCAAUUACGGAUAUCAGGGUCACGAAUGCCUGCUGAGGGCCAUUUGCGAAACUUCGGAGCACUCGCUGAGACAUAACGGACUCAUUGGUGACAUUCUGCACGUGAUCUUCACACCGACAAGCUCGCGACACGAACCACUGCCGCGGGACAUUCUUCAGGCUGAAGUGGUUGGACGUAAUGGAAGCUGCUCCAAGUACCGACCGCAAUGCCCCGUGGGACUCUUCGACUUGAUUGGAGUCCUUGACUGAGCUCUGAAAAACCACCGGCGGUGCACCGCCCGCCUGCACUCCGAUCGGGUAAACAGUUCGAUUUUAUGCCUGUACUUUCACAGUUUCGUCCCGACGCUUCGAUUACGAGGAAUAUGGUAAUUUAAUGGAUUGAUCAGUCUAUCGUGCUGCUUCCUUCGAACGAGGUAUCUGUUUCAAACU